AUCACGGAGUGUUAAAGCUUAUGGCCGAGCAGUUCUUGUCCUGUGACAAUAUGAAAGUUCAUCCAGUGAAAGAUUCCAAGAAAGAGCCACCACCGAUGAUAGUGCUGUCCACAGCAGCUCUAGCCACAGAUGAUUCUAAAUUUCGUUGUCGGCGGGCGAAACCGCCAAUGCCAAAAUUGUGCUGUUUCAUACCCGUCAAAGCAGCUUCCAUAUUCGGUGUUGCUUUGACGGUUUUGCUGUCAGUUGCUGUCUACGUCUACUGUGUGGUGUAUUUGUUAAAUAUGAAGAACCCGGAUGUGGAUGUGUCACGAAUGAUAACGUUCCUGUCGGUAGCACUUGUGAUAAUCCUACUAUUCGCUGCACUCUUCCUCUGGGGACUGUUUGCAAAGCGACGCAAUUUGAUGCUUGCUUUCACUACUCUGUCCUGUUUCCUACUUUUUGCUGUCGUUGGCACCUUGAUCGCCACAUUAGUGACAAGUGGAGACGAAUUCAAUUCUGCUGUGAGAAAAGCUGAAGGAGAUGGCCAUGGCCACCCGACUGUGGCUGAUCUUGUGAUCUUUAGGGUCGUUCUCGUGGUAACAGCUUUAGUGCUUGCCAUCGAAGUCUACGCCUACAUUCGGAUGUUUGUCUAUAUAAAAGCUGUACGAAGGAGUUUGCCUCGGUAGAAACAUCGUGGUCCCUUCCCACUCCCUCCCCUUUCUGCCCCUUCAAAUAUGCAUUCCCAACCCUAACUCAUCCUUGCCUUAACCGUGCCUUCCACCCGGUACCGUGCACCUUUUUUAGGACUAAUGAUCUGCCAG